ACGCGGGUAGCGGGGAAAGGAAGCUAGCGAAUGAAUCACUUGUAGCCAGCCAGUCUCUUUCAUAAUAAACAGUAGGACUAUAGCAGCGUAUUUUCUGAAAUAAAGUUUUUGAAAACCAUAUCUGCCAUUUAUAGGCGGACGAAGUAAUCGAAUAAACAGACGAUAGAUUUAAAUCGAGGAAGAAAUUCGGUAGCAAUGUCCGAGACUGGAAACGGCGUGGAGCUGCGGGAAGAGCGAGCAGUUGAACUUGAAGAAACCGGAGGAGUGGAGGAAAAGGAUGAUGUGUCAGAGGCAAGCAAGGAGGAGUCUUCUGAAGCCGGACAGGAUGCCCAAGAUGAGGACCCCUCUUCAUCUACAGCGCCAGCCUAUGAGGAGAAAGUGGCAUCAGACCGGACCAACAGAUUUGAGUACCUACUGAAGCAGACAGAGGUGUUUGCCCAUUUCAUCCAACCUGCGGCCCAGAAGACCCCCACCUCCCCGCUCAAGAUGAAGCCAGGGCGCCCUCGUGUCAAGAAGGACGAGAAACAGAAUCUCCUCUCGGUCGGCGAUAACCGUCAUCGUCGCACAGAGCAGGAAGAGGAUGAAGAGCUGCUGAGCGAAAGCAGCAAGACCACCAACGUCUGCACCCGCUUCGACGAAUCUCCCUCCUUUGUAAAAGGGGGUACAAUGAGAGACUACCAGGUCCGUGGUCUGAACUGGCUCAUCUCUCUGUACGAGAAUGGAAUCAACGGGAUCCUUGCUGAUGAAAUG